AUGGUCGUUACACAAAUCCCUCAGAACAAGAUGAAGCUUGUAAAAAUCUUCUUCCCCGUCGCCAUCGUCACUGCCGCGAGUGUGGUCAGAGGUGCGAACUCUGCCAUUGACACAGAUGUUGUCAUCGUAGGUGCCGGGGGUUCUGGAACCUACGCAGCUGUCCUACUACGAGAGGACUUUGGUCAAAGGAUUGUGGUCGUGGAGAAGCAAAAUCGCUUGGGUGGGCAUACGCAAACAUGGCAUGAUCCGACGACCGACCAGCCAUUCGACUACGGCGUCCAGGUUUACACGAAUCUGACAACCUCGAGCGACUUUUUCGAACGAUUGAACGUCCCACAAUUGUAUGCCGACUUCGCGACCGGCAAGGCGGUGGAUUACACACCUCCCAGCACCACAGAAGUCACUGAUGCAAUGGCGAGAUGGCGGGAGCAGUGGCUUAAGUACCAGGAUCUACUGCUACCAACCAGAGCGAAUUUCCCCACAGGCGACGACAUCCCGCAAGACCUCUUAUUGACUUGGAAGGAUUUCGCGCGGAAGUAUGACCUAGAAGCAUUAAGCCCGUCAAUAUUCUAUACUGUUGUCGUGGACCUGGAGAACGCACUGAUGAUCGAUAUUUGGAAAGCGUAUGCUUUCACUGGCGCGACCACCGAUUUGGGCCUGCAGCCAGUUUCAGGCGACAACUCAGAGGUGUUUGAAAAGGCUGGACUUCUGUUGGGUAGUGAUGUCCUGUACGAAAGCCAGGUGGUCUCUGCCAAAAGAUUCGAUGAUGGAGUGCAGCUCGUUGUGAAGGGCAAGGACGGGACCACGACCGCAAUCAACGCCAAACGACUCCUGAUUACAAUUGGUCCUGAGACAAUGGAUCAAACGGUCUACGACUUGGAUGAUGAGGAGACAGAUGUUUUCUCGUCAACUUUUGGUAACCGAGGCUACACAGGAGUCGUGUCGCAUCCAUCUUUGCCUGCGCGGACGGUUCAGAACACCGCACCGGGUGCUAUUGCCGCGAACUACCUAGAGUAUCCGGACCCUCCUGCGAUGUCCAGCUUCGGCUAUUUAGGGAACUCGUCUACAGGACCUAUUUACAGAACUGUACUUAUUGUGCCGAGGGACACCGAAUACGAGGAUGCCAAAAGCCUCGUACGCAGGUCGUUGCAGAACCUCAUGGAUGCCGGCACAAUUCCCGCCGGGGAUGUCGAGCAGAUAGACUUCAGGGAGUUCCAUGAUCAUGGACGCCUAUACAGGCAGUGGUCGGCUGAUCAACUACGAGGUGGAAUUGUGUCUAGGGCGAAUGCCUUGCAGGGUCUUCGCUCAACGUUCUAUACGGGAGCUUUCUGGAUGAACAACGACUGUGCUAUGCUGUGGAACACAACAGCUUCCAUUCUUCCCAAAGUUGUGGCAGGUAUUUGA